UCUUCCCAGCCGCCGCCGCCAGCAUCUUCCACCUCGGGAUCCUCCCAGAUCGGAUCGAUCUAAUAGACCAGCGCCACAUAGCCUCCUCCUCCAUCCACAGCUGCCCUCCUCUGCUCAUUCUUCCCCGAGCAUGCUUCCCCGCGCAGCAAGUAGGAGCCGCAACCCCUGCUUCCCCUCGUGCUACCCGUGCGCCGCUGCGAGCAGCACCAGCGCCUGCGUCCCCGUCGGCCUUUGGCCCUGCAGCAACCUCGCCAGAGCACCGAAUCAGGAGGCUUUUGCACCAUGGCGUCAAAUGAAGCUUUGUAGCCGCCAUGCCCGACGCCUCCCAGGGAGCUCCUUGCAGCCUUCUGUCCGCUUCGUCUCAUGCCGGACCUCGCCGGACCACUUCAUCCAUGGCGCCGCCCUCGCCUCGUCUCGAUCCGGUGGAUUCGAACGCCAAGUCCUCACCGAACCAGAAGGAGCGAGCUCCAUGGCCACCCGUCCCCUUGCAGCACCAGCCGCCGCUGGGAGUUUCACAUCGCGCCGCCCGGGUUCUGCAUCCUCUGCCGGACCUCCCCUACUUCGCCUUGGUCCGCCGCCACUGCCCAUCGCGUCGUCCUUCGUCAAGUCCUGCGCUGCCGCCGUUCGAGAGGAGGACGACGGAGCCGUGCCCCUGCGUUGACUUCUCAUCGAGACGCUCCAGCCGGCCCAUCGCUUCAGCCCGCCAGCGAAUCCACCAAAGCCCAGCCACCCGCUGCUAGUUUUGUUUUUCCUGCAGGCCUCCCUCUUCAUCUGGUCGGGCCAGGCCCAAAGUGAGCAGCUCCCACCAGCCCAGUUCCCUCAGAUUUCAGCCCAUUUGUUUUUUUCCUUUGUCCAGCGAAUUUUGCAUUUAACGAGUGCAUGCAUAUUACAGAAAUGCCAUUUUCUUGCAUUGCUCAUAAUUAAAUAACUGUGCACCGGAUUAAAAUGAUCUCUAUAUGAAACUUGCUUAGAAUUUCAUCUAGUUUAAUAAUAUGCAACUUUCAUGCAUGUUUAAAAUGUCCAAAAUGCUGUUUGUUUAAAUUUGCUCCUAUGUCAUGUUAAAAUGGUUUAAUUCAUAACUUAAUAACCGUAGCUCCAAACCUAAUAAACUUUAUAUGUAAAUGGGGUAGAAUAAUGCCUAGUAUAACAUGGUGGCCUUACUUUGCAUGUUUAACAACUCUAAAAUUGUGUUUAGGGCAGAACAGUACCAAACCUAAUAUAUGCAUAUGAGGAGUUUCCGGACUUGUUGUUUUGUUGUUCCGGCCUCAUUUAAACUUGCCUAGAUAGGUAGUUUUAUUUUGCUUCACCCUCUUGCCAUUUUAAUCAACAUUUAACCUUGUUGGAUACAUAAACGAGAUCGAAGUAAAUAACUUGUCGUGGUGUUUCGUCAACAUGCAACUUGUUGCAUAUUGAGCUCCACUUAAUUUGUAGGAUUGUUUGUGCACUUUGCCAUGCCAUGCAUAUUUAAACCGGACAUGCAUCAUACUUGAUUGUGCAUCGUGCCAUGCUUAUGUGGUGGUUGUUUACCAUGAUUGUUUGCUCCUUUCCGGUGUUGCUUCUUCGGGUUGGUUCCG